AUGGCAACCAAUGCAACGAGCGCACCUGUCGUCUCUCGUCCGCUGAAGCCCGGAAUUUAUGCUCCGAUACCUACGUUUUUCUUACCAGGUUCUGAGGAUUUGGAUCUUGCUUCGCUUGAGUCACACACCGUCCGGCUCGCCAAGGCUGGCGUGAGCCCCCUUCUUGCGGGAAGCAUGGGAGAGGGGCCGCACUUGACCCAUGCAGAACGGAUCUCACUGAUCAAGACUGUUAGACGGGCCUUGGACAAUGCGGGCUUCAAACAGAUGCCAAUCAUAGCUGGCACCGGCACGGGCAGCACGCGCGAGACUAUCGAAUUAUGUAGAGAGGCCGCACAAGCUGGCGCGGAUUAUGUCAUUGUAAUUGCCAGCGGAUACUUCGCGGGAGUCCUCGCUGGAAACAAAGCAGCGCUGAAGGCCUUCUGGGCGGAAGUAGCGGAGGAGAGCCCGAUUCCUGUGCUGAUUUAUAAUUAUCCUGACGCGACUGGAGGCAUUGAUCUGGACUCCGACCUCAUCAUCGAGUUGGCGCAAGAGUGUCCCAACUUGGUUGGCGUGAAGCUGACAUGCGGUAAUGUCGGAAAGCUCACCAGAAUCUGCGCGACUGUCUCGAAUGCCUCGUUCUCAUCCGUGUAUCCUCGCAAGAAGGCAGAUGCAUCAUUCCUUGUCUUCGGCGGCUACUCUGAUUUCCUGGUGUCGUCGACGUUCGCUAAUGGCCACGGAGCUAUCACCGGGCUGGCAAAUGUUGCACCUGCCGCCGUUGCCAAGCUCUUUGAGCUAGCACAGACAACCCUGAACGACUGUUCCCGCCUUCCUGAAGCUCAAAGUCUCCAAGGCGUUGUUGCUCGAGCGGAUUAUACAAUAGCCAAGGCGUCCAUUGCAGGGACCAAGGCUUUGCUGGAGACGUUGUACGGGUAUGGUGGACGUCCCCGGAAGCCCCUGCCACCCGUUGACUCUCAGUCCGCUGAGGCUCUGUGGGAGCAUCCGGAUGUCCGAACACUAGUGGCAGUUGAGCGUGGACUGCAUGACCAAUGA